GUAACCUUACGUAACAUUUGUCCAUGACCUGUAUCGUUGAUCUGGUGCAAUAUGGCAGGUGCAAUGGACGAUGCACUUGAAGAAUUACAGCGUGAAAAAAAGAUGCGAAAGCUCCAAGAACUAUUCCGAGGUCGUUUUUCCGAAGUUCAGGCUCGUCGCUUACUGACACAUCACGGUUGGGCUCUGGAGAUUACCGUGGAUUUUGUAUUUGAGGCACAACACAAUCGAGUCAAAGAAAUUGCUGGAACUGAAGACGACAGGUGGUUGGAAGUGUUAAACAGGCGAGCUUGGCGGGAGUUAGCCAGGCAGAAGCAAAUUGAUUCUAUUGAUAUUAGACAGUUCGCUUGCCGUCCCUGUGACUCGGUGUGGUGGAGACGAGUGCCCGGAAGAAAGACGGUUUCGAAAUGUCACCGGUGUAGAAUUAGGUAUGAUGCAGUACCAAAAGAAAGCGAGUGGGGCGUGGCAGAAUUUACUUGUGGAAAUUGUGGCAAUGUAUUCAAAGGAUUUGGACAAAUGAACAACACGUUUAGUCCGUGUUAUGUUUGCAACGACAUUGCUCAACCAUCAAAAAUAUUUCCAAAGAUGCGUCGAUUUGGAGACCGCCGUAGAAAUAUACAUUCCUGUUAUGCAAGCAAUUGCUUCAAUCGAGCAGAUGGAGACAUAUUGCCUGGUAUCUGCGUCCACCCAAAGUCCCUAGGUCGAAAAGUGGUCACACCCAGUGAUCAGCACAUCAGCUCUGGGUCGACUGUCGACACAUUCCUCACCCAGGACGACCUCGCAUCCAUUUCAUCCGUCAGUUCUCGUCCCAACCUCUCAGAUAUUGAAGAUAACUGAUUGUUUUUUUGUUCGAUACAAUAUGUAUCUGUGAUAUUAUAUUGCAGUAUGACUUUUCCGGUGAUUCCGUCUACACCAUAAGUGUUUUACGUAAAGUUAUUAACUGCGACAUUGGAAAAGAUAGUCAUUAGAUGAAGCUCAUAUAUUUUUAAGUAAAAAACAGGCAGCAACAGUUUAAGAUUGAUAGUUAAAUAAUGUAUUUUAUAGAUUUAGCCAUCCGACAGUUUUUCUUUUUCUUUUUAUGUGGUAUAAAGAAUGUAUUGAGGUUCAGCACGACAUUGAAUUAAAUACAUGUAUUUAACUAUACAAUAAAUUGGUUUUUCUUUCAGUGAUUUGUAGGUAAACUAACAACAGAUAAAAAUUAAAAGAGACACCACGAUGAUGUUAUACUCUGUCCCAAGUUAUUGUUUCCAUCACUUUUGAUGAUUUUAAAUAAAAAAUACACAUACCUGUGAAAGAGGUACAGUUGAAAUCGAUGAAAUGGAAAAUAUCCAAGAUAUCUUCAUUGACAAAUUAUCCCUUUUCACUCAUAAAAGUUAACAGGAACGAAAAAAAAUUUCUUACGGAGAUUUUUAAUGGGAAAUGUUUACAUCUUUUCUCCAUUUGGAAGUACUCGGGAUACCUCGCGCAAUUUUGCAACUUUAUCACCCGGGCUUAUUAAUGGCUGAUGCAAUGCAAAAUCCCCGUAGACUUUCUAUUUUGGGAUGUGUAUAAAAAAACCUGUUGCGGUAAAGGGGGCGUUUCAAAACAGAUAAUCUGGACAUUUUUUAUAUUAGUGGAUGAGCGUAGUUUGAGCACAAAGGUAUUUAUGAUUAUCGAAUAUCAAGCAUAAAAUGGUGGAAGCACAAAUCUCAAACGCUGUCACUGAAAAAAGACAUUUUUCGCACAAAUUUGUAAUAAUACCACCACCCACUCCUAUCCGACACUUUAACAAAUUGAAGACAUGUCCAAUGAAAAUCUUCUCCCUCUUAAAAUGGGUUCAAAUCUCCUUUGUUGUAAGCUGAUUUUUCUUGUGAAUAUUAUGUUUUUCAUAAAUUCAUGAACCUGACUCCUCAUACUAAAUUCGAUUUUUUUCCAAUAUCUGAAAAGCUCGGUUGACCGGUCUUAAACAACAACUGAUAAAACGUGGUCAAUCAAACAAGAAUGAAUAUGAUUUUAAUUGAUCAUUCAUGUUCAUGGCGAAAAUUUAGACACUAAAUUUUGUAAUUUGCGCAUUACAAUGGAAAGUCUUAACUGUUUCUACCAAAGCUUAGGCAUUUGCGGAAGGGGAAAGGUUUUCUGAUAGUUUAAUCACCUUCACAGGAUUUUGAUCAACAGUUUUAACUGUGACUGAGAGCGUAGCCCCGUGUCCUCGGGUGUUUGUUUAAUUAAAAGGAUAUAAUUUUCAUCAAUUUUAUUGAUUGCCAAUGCACACACAUACAUCUUCCGUAUAUGAUACCUCUAUUUCUUACGGAAAUUUAUUGUUAAAUUCAUAGCUAUAUAGAAACUUACAGGACUGAAAUCUAAACGCCCCCAUUAUUGAUUGGUUGAAAAAUCACGGACUGCAAGAAAUAAUCAUGAUGAUGUCAGACUCAAAUUCCCAUAGGCGACGAUUUGGCUGUUUCUUUUAGCUAACUUACUGAUACACAUUUACAGUAAUUUUGUGAAUUUUACUUCUUCUUUUUUUACAGUCAAUCAAUUGAUUAAGAGGACGUGGGUUAUUUAUAUUUUCUGCAAUGUCGCCACCUUUAUAUCACGAAUGAAUCGCCAAAGAAGGCAUUUUAUUGUUUAAAUCUUGUGCCGAAGAGUUUUCUUGACCGUAUUAUUGCUAUGAUUGUAACAUUCUGGGAGUUGAAUGAGAAUGAAUUUAAAACAUUUCACCUUUUUGUUUUCUGUAGAAAACGUAUUAAAACUGAGGUGAAAAGAUACACAUUAUAAUCGGAAUAUUAAAAAAAACAUCCAGCUACUUUUCAGGUUUUUUA